AUGGCACGUACGACGUUCCGAGUGCGUACAGACGGCAAACCAUUCAAGUCGGUUGACGCCAGGCUCUUGGCUGCGCACGGCCUCUCCGUCGAAAUGGAAACGGUGGCCGAAUACACCAUAGUAAAGGUCGAAGGCCCAACAAGCGAUGUAAGAAGCGCUGUCGAAGAACUUCGCAGCUCCUUUUCCGAUCUCCAUUUCACCUUUGGGGUGAUCGAGGAAGCUGCCGGCGACGAGACCAUGUUCCGGGCGGCGGUCAUAAAGAAGACCGCCAAGCACGGAAGCAUCAUCCGGCGCGGAUCAAGCGGUGACAUGGACAAAGCAUAUCUGGUGCAGCCUCCGCCGUCCUAUGCGGCAUCUGUCGGUCUCCUAGAGCGGAUGGCGUCCUGGCCCAGCCACAUCAGGAAGAGUGUGCCGGGCGGCCCACAGCGACGGGAUCGCAAACUGAAGGAAACCCUCGAGCCGUGA